CCUUUCCGACUACUCGUAUCAGCUUUGUGAUAUACUAACGGAUGACACAGUGCAUUUUGUUAUUUUUCUGUGGCGGUAAUGAUAACAGGCUAAUAUAAAGUGCACGCUCAAGUCUCAGGAGGGAGCACAAGUAGCUAGCGCUCUUCUAUUGAAAGUAACCUUGGCUCUGUGUGCAACCGGUCGGGAGGUACAGAGGGAACUGGACACAUACUCAAGAUACAGAAACGCGCUUGCCACAUUUAUUUGUACUUAACACGAUUGGGUUGUGAUUUUCAAGGACAGCUGGAUCUAGUAACAGGUGAGGCAGACAGAAAGGGGAUGUGCAAUGGCAUCGGUGCGGGUGGCUGUCCGGCUCAGGCCUAUGAACAGACGGGAGAAGGAUUUGACUGCCAAAAACAUAAUUGAAAUAAAAGGGGACAAGACCACCAUUACAAACUUGAGGAUACCAGAUGGCAUUUCCGGCGAUUUGAUGAGGGAGAGAAAAAAAACCUUCACCUAUGACUUCUCCUAUGAUUCCGCCGACAGUAAAAGCAACACCUUUGUCUCUCAAGAAAAGGUGUUCAAAGACCUGGGCUCAGAUGUCCUCAAGGCUGCGUUCCAAGGCUAUAACGCCUGCAUCUUUGCCUACGGCCAGACCGGCUCAGGGAAGUCCUACACCAUGAUGGGAAAUCCAGGAGAUGCUGGUCUCAUUCCACGGAUAUGUGAGGGUCUGUUCAGCCGGAUUGCUGGGAUGACUCGUUGGGAUGAGGCCUCAUUCCGCACCGAGGUCAGCUACCUGGAGAUCUACAAUGAACGUGUCAGGGACCUGCUCAGGAGGAAGUCUACCGAAACCUACAACCUGAGGGUGAGGGAGCACCCAAAAGAUGGACCCUAUGUGGAAGACCUGUCCAAGCACUUGGUGCAGAACUAUCAUGACGUGGAGGAGCUGAUGGAGGCGGGCAACAUCAACCGCACCACAGCCGCCACGGGCAUGAACGACACCAGCAGCCGCUCGCACGCCAUCUUCACCAUCAACUUCACCCAGGCUAAGUUUGACGCGGAGAUGCCCUGUGAGACGAUCAGUCAAAUCCACCUGGUGGACUUGGCGGGCAGCGAGAGAGCGGACGCUACCUGUGCCACGGGAGUCCGGCUCAAGGAGGGCAGCAACAUCAACAAGUCACUGGUCACUCUGGGCAAUGUCAUCUCCGCUCUAGCGGACCUGAGCCAGGACGGAGUGAACACCAACUUGAAGAAGAAGCAGGUGUUUGUGCCUUACAGAGACUCUGUGCUAACGUGGCUCCUCAAGGACAGCCUGGGAGGCAACUCCAAGACCAUCAUGAUCGCUACCAUUUCACCUGCUGAUGUCAACUACGGCGAGACGCUGAGCACUCUGCGCUACGCCAACCGCGCCAAGAACAUCAUCAACAAGCCCACUAUCAACGAGGACUUCAACGUCAAGCUCAUCCGAGAGCUCAGGGCUGAAAUCGCCCGGCUGAAGGCCCUUCUGGUCCAGGGAAACCAGAUUGCACUUCUGGAUUCACCCACUGCUCUGAGUAUGGAGGAGAAACUACACCAGAAUGAAGCCAGAGUGUUGGAGUUAACCAAGGAGUGGACUAACAAGUGGAAUGAAACUCAGAACAUUCUCAAGGAAGAAACCCUUGCCCUGAGGAAAGAGGGAAUCGGUGUCGUCCUUGAUUCGGAGUUGCCUCAUCUAAUUGGUAUCGACGACGACCUCCUAAGUACUGGCAUCAUCCUCUACCAUCUAAAGGAGGGCAGGACAUAUGUUGGUCGAGACGAUGCGUCGACUGUUCAGGACAUUGUUCUCCAUGGGCUGGACCUGGAAAGUGAACACUGCAUGUUUGCGAACCAGACUGGCACCGUCACCCUGGUUCCACUCAAUGGGGCCCAGUGCUCUGUGAAUGGAGUGCAAGUGACAGAAGCCUCCCCACUAAACCAAGGUGCUGUUGUCCUACUGGGGAGAACUAACAUGUUCCGUUUCAACCACCCUAAAGAGGCAGCUAAACUAAGGGAAAAGAGGAAGAGUGGACUGCUCUCCUCCUUUAGUCCGUCUAUGACCGAUCUCAACAAAUCAUGUGAGAACCUCUCCACAGUAAUGCUCUACAACCCAGGGUUGGAAAUUGAGAGGCAGCAACGGGAAGAGCUGGAGAAGCUGGAACACAAAAGGAGGCUGAUUAAGGAGAUGGAAGACAGGCAGAAGUGUGAGAAGGCGGAGCUGGAGCGCCUGCAACAUGAGGUGACGUCCCAGCGCAAGGAGUCUGAGCAGGUGCAGCAGCGCAUCCGCCACCAGGAGGAGACCCUCCGCUGCCGCAGCCAGGACAUCGAGAGCCGCCUGCGCGACCUCUUGACUGAGAAGCAGCGCUUUGAGGAGGAGCGCCACCGCGAGACCAAGGAGCUGGUGCUACAGAGGCGGCUGAAGCAGCAGGAGGAGCGCGAGGAUGAGAAGCCACAGGACGAGGAGGCGCGCCGCCAUAGCGAGGCGGCAGAGCGUGCCGAGCAGACAGAGAUUUUCCAUGAGCUGGAACGGCUGAAGCGGGAGAAGGAGGAGCAGGCGGUGCGGCUGGAGGCGGAGAGGCGGAGGCUGGAGGAGGGCGAGCUGGAGCAGCUAGGCCUGGUUGGGCGCCUGGAAGAGCAGCUGAGGGAGCGCCACGAGGCGGCGGCUGCCCUGUUGACCCGCGAGGACACCCGGCGACUGGAUGAGGAGCGUCGUGCCUUGGCCGAGAUCCGCGAGGCCCUGCUCUGUGCCAAGGAGGCCAACGGGCGCUCCGACUGUGAAGGAAUGGGUGUGGAGGCUGGGCACGCCGCCCAGGUCCGUUACACGGACUUCAAGGCAGCACAGGUGGAGGAGCUGGGUCAGUUGGAGGAAAGGCUCCUGCAGCAGAAGAAGUGCCUGGAGAAGGAGGUGGCUUCAGAGCGCGCUGCCCUGGCCCUCCUGGUCCACGCCCAUAAGGAGCGGCAGCGAAAGCUGCGAGAGACCCAGGAGAAGGGAGCCCAGGACGCCUCUGAACUCUCCAAAGAGGAGCAGCGGAUGCACCAGGCCGAGCAGCGCCUCCUCUUUAAGGAGCGCCGGCUAGCCAGCCUAACCGACAGCCUCUUGCCGGCGGUGGCCGAGGAGAAGCAGAGGGCGGAGGAGCUGCUGAAACUCGGAACCUCCACUGGUGCUGACAACAUAUCCCUGGGACUAGACAACACCCUUUACCAGGUGGAGAAGGAACUUGAGGAGAAGGAGGAGCGCCUUACCUCGCACUGCGCCAGUGCCGAGCAGCUUCAGCAGCUGCAGGAGACGUACGAGUUCACGGCCAACGUGGCGCGCCAGGAGGAGAAAGUGCGGCGUAAGGAGAAGGAGAUCCUGGAGUCGCGGGAGAAGCAGCAGCGUAAGGCCCUAGAGCAGGCGGUGGUGCGCCUGGAGAGAAGGCACUUAGCGCUGAGGCGCAGUGUCUCGCUGGUCUCUGAUAGUGAGGAAUCCAGGCGCAAGGCCUCCAUUCUGGGGCCCGUGCGGGAACUCGACCAGAAGAGGGUGGAGCGGGAGAUCCAGAACCUGAAGCAGAGGAUCAGUAAAACUGAGGGGAGUGGAAGGAGUCACACCGGGAGCGUCGAUGAAAAGACCAGUCUCGGCACCCCCCCUAUCAGCCCAAUCCAGAGCCUACCCCCAGUGCUUCCUAUCGCGGAUGACGGGAUAAAUGCAUAUAUUGAGGAGGAGGUUAAGAGAAGGUUACAGAAGCUGAACCGCAUCAAUGGUGACAAAAACAUUGAGCUCUCACUUUCAUCUGAAUCUCUGCAGGAGGACAAAGAAGUUAAUGAUUCUAGCUCUGUUAGAUUAACAGAUGAGGAUGACAACAAGCUGCAAAACCCUGUAAACCCUAGGAAAUUGAAAUAUGAGCAGCGAUUUGUCUCUGUCCCUCUUGGGACCAACUCCGGCUGCCUAAAGGACCCUGUUAAAAUUAGCAUUCCUCGCUACGUUCUCAGAGGGCAAGGGAAAGAUGAGCACUUUGAGUUUGAAAUUAAGAUCACUGUAAUGGAUGAAACGUGGACCGUCUUCAGGAGAUACAGCCGCUUUCGGGAAAUGCACAAAACUCUCAAGAUGAAAUACCCCGAGCUUGCAGCUUUAGAAUUCCCUCCCAAAAAACUAUUUGGAAACCGAGAUGAGAGAGUGGUUGCUGAGCGGCAGAGUCACUUGGAGAAAUAUCUGCAAAACUUCUUCAGGGUUAUGAUGUCGCCCUCCUCUGGCUCUCCACUCCGCACUGAUUCAGACUCUGAGGGUGGUCUGCAGCUGUCCAAGUACACAGUCUGUGACUUCUCCCCGUUCUUCAAGAAGGGCGUCUUUGACUACAGCAGCCAUGGAACUGGUUGAAGACAUUUUAGAUGAGGACGGGUUGGAGCUAGCCUUGCCCCAGAUCUUUUUGUGCUGUUUUGCCAUUUCCUAUGGUCAUUGUCAUGCAUUGCCCAUUGGAGUUGCGCAAACAGAUCUGUGACCAGGCUACGAUGGAGCAGCUUUAAUCCCAAAACCAAAGUGUGCAGUGCCUUCGCAGGUCGCAGUCUAGGUAUUGACCUCGGUACAACCAAGUUAUCAGAGGCACUAAGGAACAGAUCUAACUUACUACUUACCUUACUACAUUUUUCCUACUUGCUCUCCUUCCUUUCCUACUCGCUCUCCUUCCUUCCUUUCCUACUCGCUCUCCUUCCUUCCUUUCCUACUCGCUCUCCUUCCUUCCUUUCCUACUCGCUCUCCUUCCUUCCUUUCCUACUCGCUCUCCUUCCUUCCUUUCCUACUCGCUCUCCUUCCUUCCUUUCCUACUCGCUCUCCUUCCUUUCUUGUGGAAAUUGUACUUUUUAUGAGGACCAAACACAUGAGAAAUGGUCUCAUCUUAUAAGUCAAGUAAGUAAUGUAAUGACAACCGGUGUAGAAUAUUUCCUAUUACAGUGACACAAAAUGGUUCUAAAGUGGGCCUUGCUGAAAGGUAAUGCAACCGCUGCCAAUCUAGAAGACAUUGCAAAGUCCUGGCAGCAUUGACUUGCUGAGUCAUCCACUCUGCUCUCUUCCUGUUCACCACAGUUUCUCAGAAAUAAUGUUUUGAAGGGAGGCUUUACAAAAAAAAAAAUUUUUUUAUGCAGCUAUAAUUUCAUUGGCAACUCUAGUUUCUACCAUUUCUGGUGAUAUGCGAUUGAGACUGACAUGUGCUGUAACUAUGGGAACUGACCAUGAAGGCAUUAUUCUUCACUACCUGUGGUGUUAAGGGUAGCCUGUUUCUGUACUGUAUGGGUCAUGGCUUCUUGAAUUUGCUUAAACGGGAUGUUCAGUAUUUUAUAACUUAAUGUUAGAUGGUUCCUCAUCAUAAAAGUAGACUUUUUUUCUUUUUUCUUUUACCUUUAUUUAACCAGGCAAGUCAGUUAAGAACAAGUUCUUAUUUUCAAUGACGGCCUGGGAACAGUGGGUUAACUGCCUGUUCAGGGGCAGAAUGACAUAUUUGUUAAACCUUGUCAGCUCGGGGGUUUGAACACGCAACCUUCCGGUUACUAGUCCAACGCUCUAACCACUAGGCUACCCUGCCGACUAACCCAACCAUGGGUUACAUUUCUUCUAGCCCAUAGAGUACCUACAAGGUUAGAAACAAAAAAACUGAACUUCCCCUUUUUUACUGUUGAUACAAAUUUCUCAUUAUUACACAAUGUAUCAAUUGUAAAUAGUCUGAGGAGAGGAACUUUUGAGUGCGAUAACAAGGACUCAUGAUCCCUCCCAGUUUGGGUGAACUGUUACCUAGUCAUUUUGGUGAGCUCUCGAAGUAAUAGUCUGGGACUUCACCUUUAGUGGUCGCUACUACAGUUAAACAUCAAAUUAAAAAAGUCGAGCUGAUGUCACAUAUGGCAUUGGUUCAGGUUGAAUCAUAGUAUUCAGGAUUGUGAGAAUAAUCAUUGACGGUGGCAUCAACUAAUGGUGGCACAGUAUAGUCUCUCGAGACUUCACCUUUCAAUACUUAAUUGUGUAUUUUUGAGCCUAGGCAGUUGGUGUGCCUACUGGUCGUGAAAGCUGUUGCUAACAGUGUUCCUCUCCAUGUUUCCAGCUGGCUAAUAGAAUGAUGCUUUUGUUGACUGCAUGUCUUCUGAGUUUCACACUUAAUACAGUCACUGCUGCUGAUUCAACAUUUCAGAAACACUUUAAUAACUGUACUAUACUGUAGGUACAAAUAUACUACAGUUUCACAUUCAAUUUAGUAUAGUGCAAAAAAACUUGAUUCACUCCCUUUGUAAACCAUAUUGUAUACAUAUAAUUUGAAUGUUUAUGUGCAUAGAUUUCUAAAUGAAGUGCUUGUACACACGCAAUGUGAACUAUUGACAUUGAAUGUCAUAAAAGGAAUUGUAUAUUGUAACGGCUAUUGUUGAUUUUAGUUGGAGAUGAUUUAGCUUUGAUAUGUUAAUGAUGUAAGAGGAGUAUCACUUUGCUUUACUGGUGUCCAUUUUGAGACUCCAAGUUGAGGGAUUGAAAAUCGGUCAUAUGUAAGUACUGUAGUAUAAACUUUUUGUUUUAUAUUUUAAAAAAUUGAACUGGAAUAUAAUUAGGAUUAUAUUGAUUUUCACAACUGACAGCUCAUUUGUGUGUAUUUAUGUCCUGUAAAAACACUUAGCUAUCUGCAAAAUAAUGUACAGCAAGAAACUGGUUAGCUGUAACAUUUUAUUGAAGUUGCAACUGACACAUUUACAAAAUCAAUACAUUUGAUUAAACUUCUGUAAUAUAUUUUGAUGCGGCAUUGUGUGUUUAUAACAUGGAUGCAACUAAUAAAAAAUGAUGGACAGUU